AUGCCAGAUGCUGUGCAAUUAAUUGGUGAAGAAAAAGAUUUCUCUUCCAAUGUUAUAGAUUAUUUCAAAGAUAUUUUAAAUUCAAAACCAGAUCGAAAUGAUGUUGAUAUUAAUAUGAACUACCAUAUUGUUUCGGUCUUUGGUUCCCAAUCAAGUGGUAAAUCAACCUUGUUGAAUAUUUUAUUCAAUACUAAUUUUGACACAAUGGAUGCUAAUGUUAAGAGACAACAGACGACAAAGGGUAUCUGGCUGGCCCAUACAAACGAACUUAAUACCUCAUCUGAUUCAUUAACCAAGACAAACGAUAUCUUUGUCCUUGAUGUAGAAGGUUCAGAUGGUGCGGAAAGGGGUGAAGAUCAAGAUUUUGAAAGAAAAGCUGCCUUAUUUGCAUUAGCAGUAUCUGAAGUCUUAAUUGUCAACUUAUGGGAAAAUCAAAUUGGGUUGUACCAGGGGAAUAAUUUGGCAUUAUUGAAGACUGUCUUUGAAGUUAAUUUAUCCCUCUUUGGCAAAUCUUUUGAUCCAUUGAAGAAUAAUAAAGUGUUGUUACUAUUUGUUAUUAGAGAUCAUGUAGGUGUCACACCUUUAUCAAGCUUAAGUGAAUCAUUGACUACCGAGCUGGAGAAUAUUUGGGCUACUUUAAAUAAACCUUCAAAUUGCAAAGAUCUAUCUCUUUAUGAUUUUUUUGAUUUGAAAUAUGUAGGUUUAGCUCAUAAAAUUUUACAAAAUGAAAAAUUUAUUGAUGAUAUUAAAUCUUUGGGGGAUUCAUUUGCUUUUAACAUUAGUAACAUGGAUCCAAUGAAAACCCGUGGUAUUGAUCGUACAACAGAUGAAAAUAAAAUUAUAGAACCAAUCUUUAAAUCAAAUUAUCAUCGUCAGAAUUUGCCGAUGGAAAGUUGGUCAAUUUAUGCUGAAAAUUGUUGGAAUUUGAUAGAAAACAAUAAAGAUUUAGAUUUGCCAACUCAACAAAUAUUAGUCGCUAAGUUUAAGACUCAAGAAUUCGUUAAUGAAGCUUUGCAGUUAUUAUUAGAUGAAUUUGAUAAAGUUAUUACCGACGAUAUUUUAAUUAACAAAUCUAUGUUAAUUGAAAAAUUAUUACUAUUAAAAAAUAAAACUUUGAAUUAUUAUAUUGAUCAUGCUUCUCAUUACACAAAUUCAAUUUUCUUAGAGAAAAAGACUGUUUUAAUUAAUGAAAUUGAUAAGAUUUUCAAACCAAAAAUUGAUUUUUAUUUGAACCAUUUAAUUGGCAUUUUAAUUAAUCAAUUGAAAACUUCGAUGAAAAACUAUAAUAGUGCUAAUAAUAAUAACUCCCCAUUUGUGGAAAAAUUGAAUGCUAAUAUUAAAGACACAAAUUUGGCAUUUGAAAAAGAUGUUAAAGAAUUUCAAAAAGAUCAAUUGAUUGAUGAAAAAACUUUUGAUGAACUUCUAAUAAAUUUUAGCAAACUCAUAAAAGAUAACGAAAAAAGUUUAAGAGAAGCACAUUUGAAUUCAAUCAUUAAUAGAAUUAAUAAAACUCUCUCAAUUAAAUUUAAAGAUUCAUCUAUUAAUUUAUUAUCUCAUCCUGAAAUUGAUGUUUGGGAUAAAGUGUUAAAUAUGUUCAACAUUACUUUAACUAGAAUCUUAGUAAAUUAUAAAGUUGAAACUACAAGAGAAUUUAAUGAAAAGGAUGGAUUUGAAUAUAAUAAUGAAAAAUAUUCAGAAGCAGUAGAAGAUGAAUAUGAUUUCCAUUUGGGUUUCAAUAAAGAAAAGAACUCCAACAUUUAUAAACAAAUUAGAGGUAAUGCUUGGAAAACUUUGGAUAACAUUAUUCAUGAUUAUCUAAAGGAAGAUUCAAUACUAUCUAUUCUAAAAGAUAAAUUUGAAACCAAAUUUAGAUAUGAUGAAAAUGAUACUCCCAAAUUCUGGAAAAAUGAAAUUGAAAUUGAUCAGGCUUAUAAGGUCGCUCGUGAUUAUUCAAUUGGUUUAUUAGAUAUUUUAUCAAUUGCUAAAACAAAGGAUAAUGUUGAAAUCAUUCCUGAUGUUCAAUUACCUAAAGAUGAUGAUGAAGACGCUGAAGAUGAUGACAUUUAUCAAGAUGAAUUCGGUAUCUAUCAUUCUCAGAAGUUCUCUCAUAUAUUAAAUGAAUUACAAAAAGAAAAUAUAUUGAAAAAAUUUAGAAAGCAAAUAAAUCUUUCUGUAUUGGACUGUAAACGUUCUACUGUAAGAUCCACCACUCACGUACCAAUUUGGAUGUAUGCUCUAUUAGUCGUUUUAGGAUGGAAUGAAUUCAUGAUGAUUUUAAGAAAUCCUUUAUAUGUCACAUUGUCACUUUUACUAUUGGUCGCCUUCUAUUUCAUUAAUAAAUUUGAUUUGUGGGGACCAGUAUUGAAUGUGUCACAAUCUAUCAUUGGUGAAACUAGAUCUACUAUUAAAGAGAAAUUAAGGGAUUUCGUUUUGGAUGAUGGUGAACUGUCCAAAAUGCCAUCUUCUCCUGAACCACACUCUAAUACGGCAAGCUUUCAAUCACAACAAGAAAAGCAACAUUACACUUCAAGUGGAACUUCUAGAAAAGCAUCUAAUCCUGUUAGAUUGGAUUCGCCAACCCUUCAAUCGCAAGCCUCUCAAACUUUAUCUGCGCCAACUACAUCUUUUUCUCCCAUUCAAUCAACAGCUCCCGCAAAAGAGGACUAUAUUAAUGAAAAGGUAGAAAUCCAGCAUGUCCCUCCCUAUAGUGCCAUAACUGAAUAA